UACCUAUUAGCUACAUCAGCGUAGUACAUUCAUUUUUUACUUUUUAGCACCUUCAUUUUCUCUUUCACGUUAAGCUUCCUUUUCUCCCUCCCUUCACCGCAAUUCCUCAAAAUUCAUACCCUCAGCUUAUGAUCUAUCCAAUUCGGAAUAGUAAAAAAUCCAUUUGAUUUUAUUGAAUUUUCUAUAGCUAUUAUUUCAAGAAACCACAACUGCAAAUCCAAGAAAAUUUCAAAAGUAGACGCUUCACAGAGAGCAGAGCCUUUUGUUGAGUAAAUCUUGGAGGAAAUUAAUAUAAAUAAUGAAACUUUAAUCUCAAAUCAGCGCCCUCUUUAUCCCUUUUUGUGCUAUCUUUCCCCCAUCUAUUCAUACUCUUGUCUGUAUUAGUAAUAUCAGGGUUUAGCUUUCAAAUUUCCCUUAUGAGUGUUCAUGUUAUGAUCUUUUACAUUUUCUGUUUGUAACUUUUGCUUUUCAAUUGUUACAUGUAAUUAAUUAUAUGUCAAAUUUCAAGACUCAAGUGUGUGAAGGUUGUACACAACUUUAUUUAAAGGUGUUCUUAAGGCUGGAAAAGAAUAAUGGGUACUGUUAAACUGCAACUGCCGUUGCGUAAAAAUGUUAAUGGAAUGACCCUGGAUCCAAACCCUGAUUGGAGCUUUGAUGCUUUACUGGUCGAGCUCAACUCGAUAGAGAAGGAGCUCAAUGAAUCAUCGAAAUUUCCAUUACCUUUUACUAAAGCAGAAUCUCGAGUACUCUCGACUUCAAAGAAUAAUUCUUGGAGAGGCUUUAUUAUGCAAGUGUCUGAUGACGACGUGGAGGAUGUGGAAAGAGACACUAAGGAUGAAGUUGGUGAUCAUUUUGUUCUGGGGGGAAAACGUUUUUCUUGUGAUGAAAUGUAUCUGAGUGAUAGCGACCAUUCUGAAGAAGGCAUGGGCAUUGAACUUCAACAUGAUCUAAUGGAUAAAGUGGGAUUAGUGGAAAGUGCUUUAUCUGAAUUAGCUCAUGAGCACCAGCUUACUAUUGCGGAGGAAAUGAGAGAUCAACUAUCAGCAAUUGAAGCUGAGUUAAUGGAUGAAAAUCAGAAGCUUGCCUCCACACUUGAACGGGUUGAGAGAAAUACUGAAGCUCAAAGGGAAAUGAACAGAAAAUUUGACAUGCAGUACCAGCGUAAAAUUGCAGAAGCACUUGAUGAUCACCUAACUGCUGUGCAAAGGGAUCACGAACACAGAUCCCAGAUUGAAGAAAUGAUAAUAAGAGAUGAUGCAGCUCGUGAAGAAGCCAAGAGGAAAGAAAAAGCUCUUCAAGAAGAAAAAGCCCGGCAAAAAAUGAUCAGAGCAGAAGCCAAUGUGCAGGCUAGGCUGGAAGCUGAAAGAGUUGAAAAGGAAAAAGCCGUAGCUCUGGAAGCUGAGAGGAAAGCAGCAAAAGAAGCUGCAGCUGCUGCGGAGAAGAAGGCAUCGGAGUCAUUGAUGAAUGUUCCUUCGUAGGCUAACAAGAUUCCAAAGGAAGUCACUAGUCAUAAACAUUCAGCAGGCUAUGCAGUAGCUCUAUGGUUGUCUCAGGCAUUGUCCAGCUGAUCCCUACUAUGUUAAGAAUGAUAUUCCAGAUCUGCAUGGUGAAUGAGCAAUUAAUGGAGAGGUGGUUAACAUCCUCAUUUCUCUCUCGCACAAUGGGCACCCUUUGCAUAUAUGAAGUCCUCUUUUCUGGAGAUUCUCAUGAGUUAGGUAUCCACCAUGUGCUACCAACCAUGUGAAAUAUUCCACCUUUAGGGUUGCUUUGUUUCUCCAGACGCAUUUCCAUGGCGACUUGGGUAUGCUGCCAACAGAAGACCUUAAAAGCUGAUGGCAAGCUCUAACCUUGAAUCUCCCCUUGGCACCCCUUUUUCAAAUUAAAGAAUCUGGUUUAGAUUGUGUAUUAGAUGCCAGAUAUUUAUUAGACGUGUAUACCAUGCAUGCAUUAACACGCAUUUUUAUAGAGAAAAUUUCAUAAACAAAAGAAGCACCAUUAAUGAAAGAAAUAUCAAGAAUCCAACUUCAAUA